CCGCUGCCGCAUCGCUGCCUUCCCUCGCUUCUCGCUCCGGAGACAGACGAUCAUGCACUGCCUCGCUCGGGAUGUCUGGGCUGUGGGGGGAUCAGAGGAGACUUCACAAACAGCAGCCGGUGCCCCCCAGUAGGAAGGGAAGCCCACCCGCUGCAGCGCCCGCACAACAUGGCCAGAGCCGCUGGAGGACGCACUGCAGCGCCUGAGGUUUGUAACCAGAUACACAGCACAUUAAUAUGUUACAAGGAUGAAUGAAUGAACAUCAUUGUUACUGCUUGUAUCUCUUUCAUCUAGAAAGGAGAGCUGACCCAACUUCAAAUAUGUGACUCAUGGCCCUUCCAACAAAAAGAUCAGGAGCAGUUUCUGGGUCAGUGCAAGAGCCUCACAGGACGUGAAGAAGAUGAAGAUGGGAGGAACCUGGCUGGGUCUGCCAGUUGGACAGCACUUGCUCGCUCUGGGACACAGGCACUUUUCAAACACAUGGAGAAACAUGAUGUAUUUCAGAAAAUUCAGGCUGAUUGUUUGCCUUACAGGGCUCAGCUGUGCUGGCCUCUGGGUUUUUUAUAAUUUGACUGAAUUCUGUAUAUUCUCUGAAAACAGCCAAGAUUACAUAUUCCCCAUAGAGACUUUCAGGAGAAUUGAAGGAAACUUCUCGCAGCUCCCAGAUGUAGAUUGCCAGAAGAACCCACCUUUCCUCGUCCUGCUUGUGACGUCCUCGUACCACCACAUUGAUGCCAGGAUGGCCAUCCGGCAAACGUGGGGGAAGGAGAGAACAGUCGCUGGCAAGCGCUUGGUGACAUAUUUCCUCCUGGGAAGCACUGUGAAUCUGAGGCAGCAGGCUGAUAUUGCUGCUGAAAGCCAAAAGUACAAAGACAUUAUUCAAAAGAAUUUUACAGACACAUAUUACAAUUUGACUUUGAAGACCAUGAUGGGAAUUGAAUGGAUUCACAGAUUUUGUAACCAGUCCAGCUUUGUGAUGAAAACCGACACAGAUGUGUUUGUCAAUGUUUUUUACCUCACUGAGCUUCUUCUAAGGAAAAAUAGGACCACUAGAUUCUUCACAGGCUUUUUAAAACUGCAUGAGUACCCCAUACGAAGAAGAAGGAGUAAGUGGUAUGUGAGUAUAGAAGAGUAUCCGAGAAAGACCUACCCGCCGUUUUGUUCCGGGACUGGCUAUGUUUUAUCCACUGAUGUUGCUAGUCAGAUCUAUAAUAUUUCAGAGAGCAUUUCGUUCAUUAAACUGGAAGAUGUAUUCAUAGGAUUGUGCCUUGCCAAACUAAAAAUUCACCUGGAGGAGCUUCAUUCAGAGCAGACGUUUUUCCCAGAAAGGAUUACGUUCUCUGUUUCUCGCUUUAGGAAAAUUGUGAUGUGCCAUGAAGUAGAACCCUCUGAGCAGCUGAGCUACUGGAAUCACUUAGUGACAGAAAACCAUGCAGGAGUGCUCUAGCACCUUCUCUGCUCGAACUAAGAAACUGAAAUGCUCUGCUUUUAUGGGGCUGCUCUUGAGUCUAGCAAAACUCCCAAUUAACUCUAGAUCCAUCAUGUUACAGACUUUUUUAAUGGUUAUUUUAAUCUCCAUUUCUGCCCAACAACAUGUGAAACUCUUUUAUGUCCCAUUCACACCCACCUUUUUGCAUCUCUUCUCUACAGAAGUUACAAUUACUGUUAUUUUCUGAAAGGCGCAGGCCUGCAAACCUGCCUUCCAAAUGUUGCUGCUACAGGACUGGGGACAAUUCUGCAGCACCAAACUAAAAGUCAAAGUACUUCUGUUCAGAGAAGAAAAUUUGCACCCUCUUCCUGAUCCCCCUUGAUAGAUUCCUGCGAUUGCACCUAGCUGUGCAGGCAUUUAAGAAAAGGUGUUUGUAGCUGUGAGGACGUUCCCCUGCCGGCACAGGGAACUGCAGCCCUGCCUUUGCAGCCAGCUCCGAGUAGGCAGGACUGGCUGGUGGCACAGAUCCCUUCUUCAUUCUACACUAUUUUUUUUGCAGAAAUGGACCAAUUUGUCACACAGGUCAACGUUAGGUACUUCAGGUCACCUAGUGAAUGUGUAAGGCUACUGCAUCUGUUUCCCUACACAUACCUCCUGCUGAAAAUUAUGUAUCAUAGAGCUGGAUCCAUGCUCAGUGGAGAGUGUCCUGGUCUUUCUGUUAAAAUAGACCCCGGAGACAUCUUUUACAUUUGUGUCUCACUCUGAUUGCUUGAAAGCUACUCUAACUGGUUUGCCAAGGCUAAAUUGGAGUCGCUCACAGUGAGCGAAGCAGUACAUUUGAUUUAGACGUUUUUCCCUAUGAGGACCUGAAUGCGUAAGGGAGAAGAUAGGAGGAUUUUUCUCGUUUAAACAAGACCUAGUGGAAAAAUGUGCCCAAGUAAUCAUUCAGGCUGGGAGCCUCAUUGCGUAUUGCAUUACCAAGCAAAGACUCAUGAAAUCACUAGGAUGUCUGGAGAUUUCAGAGGUAAGGCAUUGAGUCUUUACAGUAGAUGCUGUGAAAAAUACAUUUGAGCUAUGGGGAGGGAAAAGGAGUUCAUAAAAUCAUGCUUUAUUCAAUACUCCUAUUUGAUUUACUUUUAUGCAAAGAAAAGGUCAGUUUUACAGGCAAAGAAUUAUUGAAUGUCUACACUAUGUGUGAAAUGUUAGUUCCAGAGAGCAGUAAAAGUGGGGCUGCUCCCCAGGGAAAGAUGAGCUCGGAGCUGAGGGGAUCCGACAGCCGGCAGGGCUCAGCCCCACACACCCAUAUGAGGGAGCAGGACAGACGCACAGAUGGUGGCCAGGUCCAACCAAGAGUCCUGAUCUUAAGGCAGUACCAUGAUGAUGAGGUAGGUCUGAGGUCAAGCCAGUGAUGACUGGGCUCCGGUGAUGAGAAGUGGGGGUCCAGGUCAGGCCCAGUGCCGGGAACCAGGGCCAGACCCUGCCCUGGGAUGGCAGACCAGCAGGGCCUUGGGGAUGGAGACAUAUACUGAAUGUGGUAAAAAGCAUGGAGGAAACACAGGGAAAGAUAUUUUAUUACUUUAGGGUUAUUUAAUUUUAUUGUUUCUUUUCUUUUUAUGAAGUUUGUGAGGACUGUCCAAGCGUCUCUUUUUACUUGCCUGUGUCUGAAGAGCAGGGUAAAUAUUUUCAGCAGGAAUGUGCCGCAUCCUGAAAAGUGUUUAAUAGUGGUAAUAAUAUAUUAAUUACUUUCUUCUGAUGUGGAGUAACCUGAGCUCAUGCACUUACUUUUGACAACUGAUGAUGAAAGAAAGAAUGUUUAUUUGUUUCAUAGAAGAAUAUAUCUUAAGUUUCCCCUUUCAGAAAAUAGCUGCAUAUAUGGUGUUUGCAGGGAUAUGGCUAUCCAAGUGCUCAGAUGAGUGACCAAGGAGGUGUUUACCUUUCCCUAGUGCAUACCUUUGCCAGGGGGUGAGCAGCCCAGCUCUGGGUUGAACAGCAUCUUUCCACCUCCCACCCCAACUUUGCAGAUGUAUCUGCCCUUGGCUCAAAGCCCUACUGUAGCACAUCUACUUUUGCUGCUGCCUUUAGUAGGGGGGUCAGACUGAUAAAGCCUAGCAACAGCAUUUUAAUCACAAUUCUUUCCAUGUAACCUGCAGAAAUGUCUUUUUGCCAUUCAUUGCUAUUUUACCCAAGGUGCAAGCUGGCUAUUGCUUUGAUUUAUGGAAAAAUGUUGAGCAUAAAGGAAUGCUUCCUGGCCUCUCCUAGCUCCCUCUCUCAUAGGGUAGAGGGUCUGUGAGACAGGACAGCGUAAUGCAGCCUAAUGUUCAUCCUGGACUUGUUCUCAGAGAAAUAAUCCUGCAAUUCCUUGUGGGUCUCAUUUCCACCUCUGUGCCUGCUGCCGACCUUAUCCCAGCUGGCAGGACCGUGCAGUCCAACCGUGCAGUCCCAGGGAACCUGUAUCUCAGUAGAAUAGCUAUUAAUUUACAUACAGAUGUGUUGACUUAUUCAUCGCCUCUGGGUGUUGGGAUCCAAGAGGUAUGGUGGUACCUGGCUCCUGGGACAGUGCAGCUGUUGGUCUUCUGUCAGGAUGACUUGGCGGCCAAAGGGUGAAGUCUCCCAUUAGAAGACAGUAUUUUGGGUUGCUUCCCUGAACGAUGGCUGCUAGUGAGUGGCAUGAAAAUGUGUCUUGCCUGAGCAGUUUGUGGCUUUGAAUUAUCAUAAAAAAAAGUUACCCUUGAGGAUCAGUUUUGCUGUAUGUCUUGACUGUGGCUUUUAUUUCAGUUCAGAAGUGUUCCUAAUUACUCGCAUAUAGCUACCAAGUGGGAAAUUGGUGGUAUACUCUGUUAAUCACAUUUGCUACCCCUUUAUUUUUGGGGCUAAAUUCGUAGCUACCAUGCCAUUGGGAAUAAGGUCCUCAGGCAUGUUUUAAUAAAACAUGCCAUUCUGGA